AUGAAUCACCUGGACCCAAUCCAGAGACCGAAAGGCCAAGGAAACAAAGGUAAGCUAUCGUAACAUGACAAGUUUGCUGGCUCUGUAUGCGGAUCUUUUCCGUGUGGUGUGUUCGGAAACCCUCUUCUGCGUGCGCAGAUGUGAUGAUGGCUCGCUAGCAGGCCAGUAUCACCAAAGCGGCCAUUUAGCUUCUAUAGUUGAUUGGACACGUGAACAAAUUUCCGAUAAGUUGGUAGUACUUACUUAGCUAAUCAUUUAGUUGUAUUACAUUUACUGUCAGUUGUGCUAAUACACCAUUUUGUAUUUUGAGGCAAUCCGUCAGCGCUAGCUUUAAUGUUAGCUAGUUAGCCUGGCUAGCUUGGGAGUUAGCUUGCGCUACCUAACUGAGAUUACUCUACAUUUGCAAACUAGCUGGCUAGGCAUUUCUAAAGCCAGACAUCUAGUUGGUGGUUUACUUAGUAGUUGGUUAAAUGCUAGCGACUACCUUAUUAAUUUGAACAUUCCACUCAAAAUAAACCGGUUGUGCCUUGUAGUUCCUUGCUAGCUGGCUAACCUCGCGAUUUAAAGGAUUCUUCGCGCUCGUGAACAUAAGCAUGAAUUGCCUGCCAAUGACACGUCUUCGAGCAUGCUGUUCUCACCGUACCAGUAGCUCAGCUAUUUUCACAAUAACCAUUAACUUUAAAUGUUUUGGUUCUGACUGUCAAUAUUUUGAGGUAACUUUGUUUACUAGCCAGGCCUGUUUUCCAGUUUGGCUAUUCGUUUUCAGUUUCUGCUUAUGUCAGGACGAAUUGACACAUGUCGGGCACAAAUUAAAGAUAUGUCAUGACCCCAAUCACUGAUAUUUAAUACCAAUCGAUUGGGUUUACUCCUCGAAAGUUUCAGCUAGAAACAAUAUACUACAGCAACACCUCACCUAUUUCCAUUCCCAUUGGUGGCUGUCAAGAGACUUAUGCAACUGAUUCACUGUAAUAAACAGGCCGUUUUCGCAUGUUUUAACAUAUACCGCAGCACCUGACACAAUUCAUGCCUAUGGCCUACAGUUAUUUCUUUUAAAGGUGGAACAGUAGCAAUAGGUCUAGCCAACAUGAAAGACAACUGUUGUCCAACUCAACCAAUCCACAUGCAUUUGUUUAUGCUACCCAUUUUAGUGCAUUAAAACAGCAUAUUGUGCCAUUUGUGCCUGUGAACUGAAGUUGUGCAAUACUAGGGAUGUAUUAUUAAAUGUAAUGACUGCCUGACGCUUAUUGUCAUGCUCACCACCAACCGCAAGUGUGUAGGCCUAUGACUAGUUGCAACAAUUUCCACCUUAUGCAAAAAGAUAUAUUGAAUGUCUUACAUUGAUGUCUACUCCUCUUUUCCAGUGCAAAACGGAGCUGUGACCCAAAAGGAUACUUUGAAUGAUGAGUUUGAGCCUUACCUGAACACUCAGGCCAGACAGGUGAGUACCACUUCCAUCAGUUUGACUAGGCCACACACUGCUCCUAACAUUCGCCUCAGUUUUAAUAUAAAUAAUCAGGAUAAUCAACAAGCUACAUGACUCAUAGGUUACGAUGGUAAAUAUGCAAAACGGGGAGAUUUUGCUCUAUAGCUUUAUAGUAAAUUACUUUUAUACUGUUGCAAUUCAUCAUGUGUCCAUGCCAGGGCAUUUAGCGCAGAAAUACUCUUCUCUCCCGGUUUACUACGUAGUCCAUUUGCUUUCCUAGAAUUCCGACUCCUAAUUAAACUGGCCUUCAUCUUGUCGUAACGGCCUCGGUUGGCAUCUAUUAUUGGGUGCCCCUCAGUAGAGUGGGCACUUCCCAGAAAAGUGGGCCACAAUGGAAAUAAUGGAGCCUGUAUUCCUCCAGUCAAAGGAAUGCUGCAUCCUUUUGUUGAGUAGCAAUGCCACUGUUUCUCUUCAUAAAGCAGUUCACUGGUGUGAAAAUGGCCACAGUCGUCCUAGUCUAGGUGGCGAAAGAGGCUGAGGGAGAUCCAGAAAAGGAUGUAAUGAUUGAAAUACAGUCAGCAGUCUAAUUAGUGUUCUUCUCUCCGCAGAGCAAUGCCUAUACGGCCAUGUCAGACUCCUACAUGCCCAGUUACUACAGCCCUUCCAUAGGAUUCUCUUACUCCCUGAACGAGGCAGCAUGGUCCACCGGCGGCGAUCCCCCCAUGCCUUACCUGGCCUCGUAUGGACAGCUGAGCAACGGGGAGCACCACUUCCUGCCCGACGCCAUGUUCAGCCAGCCCGGCCCGCUGGGCAGCAACCCCUUCUUGGGCCAGCACGGCUUCAACUUCUUCCCCAGCGGCAUCGACUUCUCGGCCUGGGGCAACAACAGCUCUCAGGGACAGUCCACACAGAGCUCUGGCUACAGCAGCAGCUACGCCUACGCGCCCAGCUCGCUAGGGGGCGCCAUGAUCGACGGACAGUCCCCCUUCACCCAGAACGAGCCCCUCAACAAGGCCCCCGGCAUGAACAGCUUGGACAGCUUGGCGGGCCUUAAGAUUGGCAGUGGUGCCGGGGACAUGGGGGCGCCCAAGGUGGUGGGCUCCGGCCUCCCCGGGGGACCCCUGGGUCACGGCCACAGCCAGGUGUCUGGUGGAGCUCCCAGCAUGCCACUGCCCCUAAUCUCCAUCGCCCCCACCAAACCCGCCUCCUGGGCGGACAUUGCCAGCAAGCCUGCCAAGCCGCAGCCGAAGCUGAAAACCAAAGGGGGCAUAGCGGGGACCAACCUGCCCCCUCCGCCCAUCAAACACAACAUGGACAUCGGCACUUGGGACAACAAGGGGAACAUGCCUAAAGUGUCCACCCCACAGCAUGCGCCUAUCCCCAGCAACGGGCAGCCGCCCAACCAGGCCUCCCCUCAGCCCGGCGCCAUGGUCGGAGGGACCCCGCAACUGCAUCUCAGCAACGGACAGUUGGUGGCCCCUUCGGCCCAGCUUGGGCAGCACCAGCUCCCCCCCAAUGGGCAGCAGGGCAUGGGGGGGCAGCUGCAGCUCUCCCAGGGCCCCCCGCCUGCCACCCAGCCCCCUCAGCCCACUCGCUGGGUCCCUCCACGGAACCGUGCUAACGGCUUUGGGGAUGGCGGGGUGGGGCAGUCUCCCCCCAACGUGGGCGUGGUGCCAGUACCUUCGGAGCCCCACCCGGUGCUUGAGAAACUGCGCCUGGUCAACAACUACAACCCCAAGGACUUUGACUGGAACCCCAAGCAGGGGCGCGUGUUCAUCAUCAAGAGCUACUCUGAAGAUGACAUCCACCGCUCCAUCAAGUACAACAUCUGGUGUAGCACGGAGCACGGCAAUAAGCGGCUGGACGCCGCCUACCGCUCGCUGGGUGCUAAGGGCCCCCUCUACCUGCUUUUCAGCGUCAACGGCAGUGGCCACUUCUGCGGUGUGGCGGAGAUGCGCUCGCCCGUGGACUAUAACACCUGUGCUGGCGUGUGGUCGCAGGACAAGUGGAAAGGGCGCUUUGACGUGCGCUGGAUCUUUGUUAAGGACGUUCCCAACAGCCAGCUACGGCACAUCCGCCUGGAGAACAACGAGAACAAGCCAGUGACCAACUCGCGGGACACGCAGGAGGUGCCCCUGGACAAGGCACGGCAGGUGCUGAAGAUUAUCGCCGGCUACAAGCACACCACCUCCAUCUUCGACGACUUCUCCCACUACGAGAAGCGCCAGGAGGAGGAGGAGUGUGUGAAAAAGGUAACGGCCUGCCAUCCACCCACCUGGGGAAAUGAAUAGGCCCUACACCUUGGCUGUAUGCUUGGGGGGAGGGGCAUGGGAAGCCAUGUGUGUGCGUAAAGGUUCUGAGAGCAUCUGGAGAGCAAAUAAUUGUUGGAGUUAUGUUGUUGAUGUAGAUCAUCAGUCACUAUGCAUGUGUUAAUCUUACAAUGUGCCAUUCCUACAGAAAAUGUAGAUAUGCCAGAAGCAAAAUGCAGUAAAUAAUAUUUGUUUAUAUAUAUACACACACACUACCAGUCAAAAGUUUGGACACACCUACUCAUUCAAGGGUUUUUCUUUAUUUUUACUAUUUUCUAUAUUGUAGAUUAAUAGUGAAGACAUCAAAACUAUGAAAUAACACAUGGAAUCAUGUAGUAACCAAAAAAGUGUUAAACAAAUCAAAAUGCAUUUUAUAUUUGAGAUUCUUCAAAUAGCCACCCUUUGCCUUGAUGACAGCUUUGUACAAUAGAAAAUAGUAAAAAUAAAGAAAAACCCUUGAAUGAGUAGGUGUCCAAACUUUUGACAGGUACUGUGUGUAUUUAUGUAUGUGUGUUCCAUGUUACUUUCUUACUUUUAAAAAGUGUUGAUCAGUAGUGUCUGUAUGAAAUUGAAUGUAUAUUUCCAAUUCGGUAUUUAAUCAAUGAGCAAUUUCACAUUUUUUGUUCUGUUGGAAAUGUAUUAGGAAUUUAUGCAUUUUGCAUAGGCAUUUACAGUUGAAAAUGAUGCCCUCUUUGCCUGAGCUGUGGUUUCUGUAAUUAUUUAGGAAAUGGUUCAGAUGCUUGGCUCACCAAAUCAAUGCUCUAGGCCAGUAAGGCCACUAUGUUCCUAUAUACAAUAAAAAGGUUUUUGCAAGAAUCAAGUAAACCAAAUGCUAAAUGCCAGCAGUCACCCUUGUGACCACCAAAAUGCAUUUUGUUGACCUUUUCUAGUGACUCCCAAAAUAAUUAGAAUAUUCAUUAUUAUGCUCAGUCUUUUCCAAAGGCUUCUAUUCACAUAUGAAAUGCAUGUUUACAUUGGCCCUUCAGUCUAAAUGGCCAUUGAUGUAUGUUCAUCCUUUGUUUGGAACAAAUGCUUGCUCAAUGUACUAAUGUUGAUGACUUCCACUCACAGCAGUGCGACGUGACUUGUUUUGAAGAUGAUACAUUGAAGGCCAUGUUAGCAAAAGCUGUCUAAGUAGGAUGAUAACAUAUUCAAAUCUUACCCUACAAGGUCCGGAUUACUGCUGAUUUUCUUUUUUACUUAGUCAUUUAUUGCACCCACCUGGUGUCCCAGAUCUAAAUCAGUCCAUGAUUAGAAGGAAAUAAUGUGGGGUGGGUGGGGGGGGGAGCAGUGGAACUGGCUUUGAGGUACAGAUUUGAAUUUGAGGGGCCUAUAGGCUAGCUUGGGUUCUGACUCCUUGCCAAGCUGUGUAAAUCAUAAUAGAUUGUCAGAAAGGGUUACACUCACUGUAGUUCUGUAACUCUGUAUUACCGACCCUGUUUUUAUACGGACUACAGAGUGCUUGUUUGUCAGAUCUGAGAUGUGGAAGCGGCUUUCUUUACAUCAAAACAUAGGCCUAGUUAUUGGGUUAUAUUGGACAGUCCUGCCUGCUGUUGCAACAAUAUGUUGCAAAUUUAAAUUCUGUCUUGUAUGUUUCCUUCAAGCUUAUUUUGCUGAAACUCAAAUCAUGCUUCCUUACAUGGUGCUAUCUGAUAACAUUUGAUUUAUUUUGGAACUUGAAGCGUAGCGUACUUUCCCAUCAGUAACUUCACAUUGCAUGACUGCGGUUGUGUGCAAAACACGGUCUGCAUUAUUUACUGCGACAAGGAAACUGCUCUGCACCUGGGGGUAUUUCUCAGAGAAACUCCCCUGUAAAUAUUACAAAGACUCAAUAUUUACUAGUUAUCAAAGAUCAAUGUAUAACCAGUGUUUUUAUCAUUUAAUUAAAUAUAUUAACUCUUAUCUAGAAAAAACGAGAUGCGUGUUAAUCAUAGUUUUGUGGCUAACACAUUGAUCCCGGUGAUUACCACUGAUUUGGUAUUGAUGUAAUAUCAACAUGCACUUAGGUUCAGAAUUCAGAGUAGAGCUGAGAGGCAUGUGCACUAGGAAGGCGAUAUACUGACAACUCAAAUGAAUGUUCCUUGCUGUAUAAUGUAACAAUGAAACAAAAUAUUAAUGUUUUAGAUUCCGAUCAUGGUUGACUGAUUGCGAUUCAAAUGUAAUUUUUCAUCUGUCCACUUAAAGACCACAAAGUCAAUUUUUGUAAAUCAAUUGAAAGUGAUGCAUGUAUGCCUGAGAUCGAUUGAGGCCUCACAUCCUUCCUGUUUUGUUCCAAAACUAAAGCCUGAUGUUUUGUGUUACCAGGUGGAGGUCCAGGGAAGCGAGCCGUACCCCAGCAACCCAAACCCCAGCAGGAGUCAUUACAGACUUCAGGUAACACGCCCUAGUGCUCCCACCUACCUCUCGUCCUCUUGUGCUAACCUUUUUGUAUGGAUUUUUACUUCAUUAGGCCAGGUAGCCUAGUGGUUAAGAGCGUUGGGCCAGUAAUCAAAAGGUCGCAGGUUCGAAUCCCCGAGCUGACUAGGUGAGAAAUCUCUCUGCUCUUGAGCAAGGCACUUAACCCUAAUUGCUCCUAUAGGUCGCUCUGGACAAGAGCGUCUGCUAAAUUACUAAAAUGUAAUGUUAUUAAUGGGGUAGUGAAGUCAAAAACAUGAUUUACUGUUUUAUUGCUGAUAUUUCCACACAGAGGUCGAAAUAACACUCUGAAAUUGUGAAAAUGAUCAUCAUGCCCUUUCAAUUUAAGCUUUUUGAAAAUAAUGCCUGGAAUUUCAGCUUGUUCAGGUGGGAUGGUAUUUUUGGCCCACAACAUGACCAAUAACCAGUUAACUUUUAUUUGCAUACAGUGCCUUCGGAAAGUAUUCAGACCCCUUGACUUUUCCCACAUUUUGUUACAUUACAGCCUUAUUUUAAAAUUGAUUAAAUAAAUAUAAAUCUUCAGCAAUCUACACAAAAUACCCCAUAAUGACAAAGCAAAAACAGUUUUUUACAAAUGUUUGCAAAUUUAUAAAAAACGGAAAUGCCUUAUUCACAUAAGUAUUCAGGCCCUUUGCUAUGAGACUCGAAAUUGAGCUCAGGUGCAUCAUGUUUCCAUUGAUCAUCCUUCAGAUGUUUCUACAAUUUGAUUGGAGUCCACCUGUGGUAAAUUCAAUUGAUUGGACAUGAUUUGGAAAGGCACACACCUGUCUAUAUAAGGUCCCACAGUUGACAGUGCAAAAACCAAGCCAUGAGAUCGAAGGAAUUGUCCGUAGAGCUCCGAGACAGGAUUGUCUUGAGGCACAGAUCUGGGGAAGGGUACCAAAACAUUUCUGCAGCAUUGACGGUCCCCGAGAACAGUGAACUCCAUUAUUCUUAAAUUGAAAAUGUUUUGGAACCACUAAGACUCUUCCUAGAGCUGGCCACCCGGCCAAACUGAGCAAUCAGGGGAGAUAGGCCUUGGUCAGGGAGGUGACCAAGAACCCUAUGGUCACUCUGACAGUGCUCUAGAGUUUCUCUGUGGAGAUGGGAGAACCUUCGAGAAGGACAACCAUCUCUGCAGCACUCCACCAAUCAGGCCUUUAUGGUAGAGUGGCUAGACGGAAGCCACUCCUCAGUAAAAGGCACAUGACAGCCUGCUUGGAGUUUGCCAAAAGGCACCUAAAUGACUCUCAGACCAUGAGAAACAAGAUUGUCUGGUCUGAUGAAACCAAGAUUGAACUCUUUGGCCUGAAUGCCAAGCGCAAACUACAGAGAUCCUUGAUGAAAACCUGCUCCAGAGCGCUGAGGACCUAAGCACACAGCCAAGACAACGCAGGAGUGGCUUUAUUAUAUCUGUUUUGGGCUUUUUGCGGUCAAUUUGCUGUCUACUAAUAAUUUGUAAUUAUGUUUGGGCCCCUGACCAUCCGCGCAAGAAAACAACGGCCCGCGGCUGAUUCUAGUUGAUCCCUGCUCUAGAGUCUAGACGAUCUUAUCUGCUAAUCAGGGCUGUGUACAUAAACAUACGGAACAAAAAUAUAAACGCAACGUGCUAUGAUUUCAAUGAUUUUACUGAGUUACAGUUCAUAAGGAAUUCAGUCAAUUGAAAUAAAUUCAUUAGGCCCUAAUCUAUUUCACAUGACUAGGAAUACAGAUAUGCAUCUGUUGGUCACAGAUCCCUUAAGAACCAGUCGGUGUCUGGUGUGACCACCAUUUGCCUCAUGCAGCGCGACACAUCUCCUUCUCAUGGAGUUGAUCAGGCUGUUGAUUGUGGAAUGUUGUCCCACUCCUCUUCAAUGGCUGUGCGAAUUUGCUGGAUAUUGGCAGGAACUGGAACAUGCUGUCGAUCCAGAGCAUCCCAAACAUGCUCAAUGGUUGACAUGUCUGGUGAGUAUGCAGGCCAUGGAAGAACUGGGACAUUUUCAGCUUUGUUUCAGAACAUUCAAUUCUCUGUUAACGGCUCUGGUAGUAAUUCCUACAGUCAGCAUGCUAAUUGCACACUCCCUCAACGUGAGACAUCUGUGGCAUUGUUGGGUGACACAACUGCACAUUUUAGAGUGGCCUUUUAUUGUCCCCAGUACAAGGUGCACCAGUGUAAUGAUCAUGCUGUUUAAUCAGCUUCUGACUGUGGUCCUCUGUAGCUCAGCUGGUAGAGCACGGCGCUUGUAAUGCCAAGGUAGUGGGUUCGAUCCCCGGGACCACCCAUACACAAAAAUGUAUGCACGCAUGACUGUAAGUCGCUUUGGAUAAAAGCGUCUGCUAAAUGGCAUAUUAUUGAUAUGCCACACCUGUCAGGUGGAUGGAUUAUCUUGGAAAAGGAGAAAUGCUCACUAACCGGGAUGUAAACACAUUUGUGCAGAACAUUUGAGAGCAAUACGUUUUUUGUGCUUUUGGAAAGUUUCUGGAAUCCUUUUCUGUUCAUGAAACAUGGGACCAGCACUUAAGAUGUUGCGUUUUAUAUUUGUAUUCAGUGUACCUGACUUCGUUGCUAAUGUAUAAAAGAAUGAGCUACCAAACACGCUUUGAGGUCCCUCUGGUCUCGACCAAUUUAGGUAAGUCCUCCUUUAAUUUUAGUGCCCCCCACUGUUGGAAUAACCUACAAAAUUCCUUGCAUCUUGAUUCCCUGGUGCCGCUAGGGCAGUUUAGGGCUCUGGUGUUGAAUGAAUUAAUUGAGGAUUUCAAUUUUGAUUGUAGUGGUUUAUUUGUUGAAAUUGUGGUUUUGAGGUUGUGCUUUUAUUUGUUUAUUUGUAAUGUACAUUUUUCACCCUGUUUGUGGAAAUGUUUACUUGGGUCACCAUUGGGAGUGAGACCAUGGUCUCAAUUGGGCUCCCCUGAAUACAUUUUAAGUUUUAUAUAUAAAAAUGAUUUCACUAUACACUGCACAGAGAUUUUGGUGCAUGCCAGAAUUAGAAACUUUACGGACGUGUUGGUUAAAUUUUGGUCUGGAGAACACGUGGAGAGUAAACCCAGCCUAACAGGCCUGCUACAGUGAGGGGGAAGAAAGUAUUUGAUCCCCUGCUGAUUUUGUACGUUUGCCCACUGACAAAGACAUAAUCAGUCUAUAUUUUUAAUAGUAGGUUUAUUUGAACAGUGAGAGACAGAAUAACAACAAAAAAGAAAAACGCAUGUCAAAAAUGAUAAAUACAUUUGCAUUUUAAUGAGGGAAAUAAGUAUUUGACCCCUCUGCAAAACAUGACUUAGUACUUGGUGGCAAAACCCUUGUUGGAAAUCACAGAGGUCAGAUGUUUCUUGUAGUUGGCCACCAGGUUUGCACACAUCUCAGGAGGGAUUUUGUCCCACUCCUCUUUGCAGAUCUUCUCCAAGUCAUUAAGGUUUCAAGGCUGAUGUUUGGCAACUCGAACCUUCAGCUCCCUCCACAGAUUUUCUAUGGGAUUAAUGUCUGGUGACUGGCUAGGCCACUCCAGGACCUUAAUGUGCUUCUUCUUGAGCCACUCCUUUGUUGCCUUGGCCAUGUGUUUUGGGUCAUUGUCAUGCUGGAAUACCCAUCCACGACCCAUUUUCAAUGCCCUGGCUGAGGGAAGGAGGUUCUCACCCAAGAUUUGACGGUAUAUGGCCCCGUCCAUCCUCCCUUUGAUGCGGUGAAGUUGUCCUGUCCCCUUAGCAGAAAAACACCCCCAAAGCAUAAUGUUUCCACCUUCAUGUUUGACGGUGGGGAUGGUGUUCUUGGGGUCAUAGGCAGCAUUCCUCCUCCAAACACGUUGAGUUGAUGCCAAAGAACUCAAUUUUGGUCUCAUCUGACCACAACACUUUCCCCCAGUUCUCCUCUGAAUCAUUCAGAUGUUCAUUGGCAAACUUCAGACGGGUAUGUAUAUGUGCUUUCUUGACCAGGGGGACCUUGCGGGCGCUGCAGGAUUUCAGUCCUUCACGGCAUAGUGUGUUACCAAUUGUUUUCUUGGUGACUAUGGUCCCAGCUGCCUUGAGAUCCUUGACAAGAUCCUCCCGUGUAGUUCUGGGCUGAUUCCUCACCGUUCUCAUGAUCAUUGCAACUCCACGAGGUGAGAUCUUGCAUGGAGCCCUAGGCUGAGGGAGAUUGACAGUUAUUUUGUGUUUCUUCCAUUUGCGAAUAAUCGCACCAACUGUUGUCACCUUCUCACCAAGCUUGGCGAUGGUCUUGUAGCCCAUUCCAGCCUUGUGUAGGUCUACAGUUUUGUCCCUGACAUCCUUGGAGAGCUCUUUGGUCUUGGCCAUGGUGGAGAGUUUGGAAUCUGAUUGAUUGCUUCUGUGGACAGGUGUCUUUUAUACAGGUAACGAGCUGAGAUUAGGAGCACUCCAUUUAAGAGUGUGCUCCUAAUCUCAGCUCGUUACCUGUAUAAAAGACACCUGGGAGCCAGAAAUCUUUCUGAUUGAGAGGGGGUCAAAUACUUAUUUCCCUCAUUCAAAUGCAAAUCAAUUUAUAACAUUUUUGACAUGUGUUUUUCUGGAUUUUUUUGUUAUUCUGUCUCUCACUGUUCAAAUAAACCUACCAUAAAAAUUAUAGACUGAUCAUUUCUUUGUCAGUGGGCAAAUGUACAAAAUCAGCAGGGGAUCAAAUACUUUUGUCCCUCACUGUAUGUGAGACACUCAUUCAAAUAAAUUACACUCGGGUUCUAUUUUCAAGAAUUCUAUGCGUGGCUCACGCCCGAGAACACUUGAGAAAGUGUCUCACUUUCUCCUCACGCUGGCAAAAAAUUACACUUCCAGUGUAAAACCUACUGUUUUCCUGCUCCCCUGUUAGACAGCCACCUUUGUUUUGGAAUCAGAGGACAUUUCAUCAAGUUAAAUUCCCUUUCUCUCAAGUGAUCAAAAUGCAGAUGUACUUUGACAUUUUGUGCUCAAUGUACUCUUGACUGAAUGAGGACAAAUGGCCCAUGUCUUGCCCUGGAUGAAUAUUGCAAAUGUCUGAAAAGGUGAUCAGAACUGCAUGUUGUAGGCUAUACACAUCCUGUUUAUGUAUUUGUGUAGAACUACUCGGUGGGACUGUUGGGACCUGGUGGUAGGGAGAUGUUUAGCACCAGCAGACAUGGGGCUUGCUUUUAAACAUAAAAACAAAACAAAAAAUGCAAUUUAUUAUAAUAAUAAUAAUAUGCCAUUUAGCAGACGCUUUUAUCCAAAGCGACUUACAGUCAUGCGUGCAUACAUUUAUUUUGUGUAUGGGUGGUCCCGGGGAUCGAACCCACUACCUUGGCGUUACAAGCGCCGUGCUCUACCAGCUGAGCUACAGCUACAGAGGACAAGGACAUUUAAAGAAUGACAAACUCCACUCUUAAAUCCAUUGAUGGGAGUAUAAUAAUUAUGCCCACUGGUUACAUUUAAAAUUGGAUCUAAAACAUUCUGAAAAGCCCUAAAUCUCUAACGUGUGUCAUGUUUUGAUGUGAGUCCCCAAACUGAACUCUUCCUGUUUUCUCUGUGUCCCACAGGAGCGCCAAGGACGUGUCAAGUAACAGUUACUGCUUUGGGCAAAAGACUGCAAUAGCCCCCACUUUCCACCCCCAUCUCACAUUCAGAUCUUUCAAGAAAUGCAAAAUGGGGGGGAUUAACCAAGGACAAAAAAAAAACUAAAUGAAGACUUUCUUGAUUUCUUUUUACUUUAAAAGACUUACUUCGAACUUGUAGUAAAAGAAAAAGAAACGAUUAUUCAUAGGACUACAACUUAAUGCAUAGUAUCCUUAGGUGAAUCUCUUUUGCCCCACCCCAUUCCACUACAUAUGCUCUUUUUUUUUUUUUUUUUUCCCUGGUAUG